AUGGCCAUGAUGGCAGUGAACACAAAAAGGUCUCCACCUGAAGAACAGUCUUCUGUUGGAUCCACUACAUGUACUAACUUCUUGAAACAGACAAAUGUACAGAAAAAUAUUAAUUCCAGAGAUACAAAUAAAGGAGGAAAAGACCAGUUCAUCAUUGACGCAGGUCAGAAACAUUUUGGGACAACUAUGUGUAAAUCUUGUGGCAUGAUCUAUACUGCUUCCAACCCUGAAGAUGAAAUACAACAUCUCCAAUAUCACCACAGAUUUCUGGAAGAAAUUAAAUAUGUGGGCUGGAAAAGAGAACGGGUAGUAGCAGAGUUUUGUGAUGGGAAGAUUGUGUUGGUCCUGCCACAUGAUCCAAGUUAUGCUAUCAAAAAGUUAGAAGAUGUCCAAGAACUUGAGGAUCUGGAAUUGGGUUUCCAGCAGGUUGUUCCCAUGUAUCCAAACAAAACCAAAACCUUCCUCUUUAUUGAUGAAAAGAGAGUAGUUGGAUGUUUAAUUGCGGAACCCAUCAAACAGGCCUUUCGUGUCCUGUCAGAACCAAGUGCCACUAAAGAAUGUUCUAGAGCUUGGCGGUGUUCAGAUGUACCAGAACCUGCUAUUUGUGGAAUAAGUAAAAUAUGGGUCUUCAAACUAAAAAGAAGAAAGCACAUUGCAAGACGACUGAUUGACACUGUCAGGAAUUGCUUCAUGUUUGGCGGUUUCCUCAGCACUAAUGAAAUUGCAUUUUCUGACCCAACACCAGAUGGCAAAUUAUUUGCAACCAAGUACUGCAACACCCCAAAUUUCCUUGUAUAUAAUUUUCAUAGCUAAAGCCAAUUGCAACCACAAAUCUGUUU